UGACGUGUCCAUCCCCCCAAUACCGUCUUCUCUUCUACUACCUUGCGUGGUAGCUCCGUCGAUCCUUUCUUUGCUCGUUUGAUUGUCUAGCUCGAGUUCUGGUCCAUCACAUUCCGCCGCUCUCUGCCUUUCUCUCUGUCAACCCUAAGUCCAGGCGCAGGAAAUUAGGAUUACUGCCAUGCAGUUUUGUUAUGGGCAACCGAAUUCUACAGAUAAGUUCCAGUCAUGUUUGUAUUUGUAUCGGUAUCGUGGACUCUGUUGAUUUUGCCUGGAGGCCUUGACAGUUUACUGAGAUCAAUGCUUUGUUAAUCUGUUCCAUUUAGUUGGUAACCAGCAUUGCACCAUGCCAUAUUACAUACAAAGACUUUACAACACCUGCAGAGCGUCUUUUUCUCCACAAGGACCCAUAUCAGAAGAGGCUCUCGAAAAAGUGCGUGCUAAGUUAGAGAGAAUGAAGCCCUAUGGUGUUGGUCUUGAACAGGAGGCACAAAUCGUUCGUAAUUGGGUAGGUCCUGUUCAUGAACGUAAUGGAAGCUAUCAGACGCUGCCUCCAAUUAAAUACCUGCAUUUGCAUGAGUGCGACAGCUUCUCUAUGGGGAUUUUCUGCAUGCCACCCUCAUCUAUCAUACCGCUUCAUAAUCAUCCUGGAAUGACCGUUUUGAGCAAGCUUAUCUAUGGAUCAUUACAUGUGAAGUCAUAUGACUGGAUUAAUUUACCUGCACCUGAUGACCCAAUGGAAGCAAGACCUGCAAAGCUUGUAAAGGACACUGAUAUGACGGCUCCUUCUGGGACAACAAUUCUUUAUCCGAACAGGGGAGGCAACAUACAUUGUUUUGGAGCCAUAACACCUUGUGCUAUUUUUGAUAUCCUGUCUCCACCUUACUCUUCAGAGGAUGGACGACACUGCACUUAUUUUAGAAGGUCCCCACGAAUGGAUCUACCUGGUAGUGAAUUUGAAGUUAACGGUGAGAUGGUUUCCGAUGUUACUUGGCUAGAAGAGUUCCAACCCCCUGAUGACUUUGUGAUACGCAGAGGGCUGUACAAAGGUCCUGUUAUUAGAACUUGAGAGUUAUAGUAGUGGUGUAUUGUUUAUUCAAAAUGCGAUUGGAUCUUCAUUAGAAAAAUAUACUUAAAGGAAAUACGGAUCAGAAUUUGCCAAUAACCUUGAUAUGGAUUUGAGUUUUUGAUAAACCUUGGCAAUAGUUGAUGGUUUUGCAUUUAUGAAAGUUAGUCGUGGGGCUGCCUGUACAUAUUAUUGUGCAGUCCUUUGAUUUAAUGGCCUCACUGUUAAAUAGUGAGAGAGCUACUGGUAGUCUAGAAUGCCUGUACAUAUUAUUGAGAUAUCAACUGAUCAUAGUUGAACGGGAACUCAUGCUGUUGGUGGCAUUUUUGUUA